AUGUGUGGCCCAUAUGGGCUGCUCUCUCUCCUAACAGGUCAUCCAAUCAACUUCAUGCAAUGGUUCUAUUUUCUAACCUCUACUGUGGUAUUGGUAUUUUUCCUAGUUGGCUUCCGUUCUGUCCACCAUCCAAACAUCAACACUUUUUCUUUGGUUGCCAUGAUAUAUUUUAUAGAUACUUUUGCAGGAUGCAUAUUUACGGCCUAUUUUGUUUGGUUCUGGUUUAAAAACGAAACAAACGCAUCCGAAGGCUCCAGUGAUACUUCAUCAUCUGACAAGACUAACGAUGAAGAGGUCGCUGCGGAGGUUGUUCGGCUUGUGAAACGUGUGUCCGAAGAUUUGAGUUCGCAGUCGGCCUCGGAAAGUUAUGAAUUGUUUAUGACUGUGAUACUUACACUCUUGACAACUGUUUUCAGGUUUUAUUUCUUGUUAAUCAUGCUUUCUUUUUUCAAGCAAAUGGUUCGGCAAUCGAAGUACAACUCUAGAUUCAGAUUGUCUACUGCACCAACUUCGACAGGAAAGUUUGCGGCAUUGCUUAACAGGAUUGAAUUGAGUAAAAUCUGGACAUUUUUAAAAAAGCAGGUGGUUGCGCCACCAACUCCCACGCAACUGAGCUUGCUUGAUUUUUCCAAUCUAAAGACUUUCAGUAAGAUACAGACCACAUCUGAUUCUGUUCUUGGAGGCUAUUCCACGGCAUACGUUGAUCCAUACAGACUUGAGGAUGGACGUUUGGUGGCUCAAUUCCACGGAAAUUUGAACCAAACCUUGCCGGCAAGCAAUCCGAAUGUGAAACAAUCCGGGUGGGCCAUGUUCAAGACGAAAAACAGGAAUCCGAAGCCCAAUGCACAGUUUAAGCCCUUCUACUGGUUCAAGAAGCAAACAAAUUUUUGGUGGGACUUUACACCAUUCCAGGUUAUUCAUCUGCGGGUUGCAAACCUCACGCCAAACAGAAAGUUUAUGCUUAAUGUGCAGUCGGACACCAUGUCGAGGACUGAUCUAUUUCAGCACCGACUUUUGACCAACAUGUUUGACAACGAGGAGGAGCCUUUGUCGAGGCAGGAUCAAGAAAUACAGUGGGAGGAUCUUUUUGUGAACAUUGAUGAUCUAGUCCUGACGAAUCGGGGACAGGUGCAAAUACAGUACUACGGGGAGUUUGAGCGGGAUCGGGUGAAAAGUGUCGGGCUUUCCAUCUCCGAUAAGAUCUUUGGUCCGUUUAACUUGUUGAUUGAUCGGAUUGAGUGCGUGGCUGGAAUUACGUACUUGAAUCAGAUGAAUCAAAGUCGGGAGAGGGUUGAGUAUUUGGGUGAGGCUGAUAAGCAGCGGCUAUUGGCGGGCAAUGGGGGCACCAAGAGCACCAAGAAACUAAGCUGA